UAUAUAUUUUUUGUUCCACACAACCCCGCUCCACCGUUAAGGUCUCUAUUUUGUGGGAAAAUAUUUAUAUUUAUAUAUCUCCUUUGAUCUCCACAACACUAGUGGCACAUUCCGUGGAACUCCAAAAAAUUAAAUAAAAUCACACAAACCCAUACGAAUGCACACUGUAACGACCCUGUUUUGGGAGACGGUAUAGCUCGCCGUGGUUAGGGUUCGUGACAGAUAUUUAUAUUUUCCUCUAUAGAUCGAUUUACCUCCCUUUCCCCAAAUAAUGACACAGAGGGAAAGAACUAUAAAGGAGACGUGUAUUUCGAAGUAAUCGUACAAUAUACGUUGGUCGUGUGGUUGUGUAUAUUUGAGUCGGGCCUGCUUGCUUUGUCGAUUCGGCGCUUUGGAAGGGCCGAGUGAUAAACUGCUUGUUUUCGUGACCCGGCACUACGGAAGGGCCGAGUGAUAAACUGCUUGUUGUCGUGACCCGGCGCUACGGAAGGGCCGAGUGAUGAACUGCUUGCUGCGAGCGUCGGCGCUGCGGAAGGGCCGAAAAGUCGCAUCAGCGCUGCGGAAGGGCCGAGAAGUGGACUGCUUCGUCGUGCGUAUGUCGGGUUCGUAGUGUUGUGGGUCGUUGGGAGAGAUCUACUUGGAUUUCUACUGGGAUUCGGGAAUGUAGGGCAUCGUUAGCUUCGGUCUGCCGGGCAUCGUUAGGUUCGAACUGCCGUUCUACACAUCCGUUUCUUUUCCGGGUCGGGAGCCGGAAACGUGAAGUCUGGGGGAACUCACUGAGAUGGGCCUGUAUUAUUAUUAUUCAGUGAUCACGACUGGGUCUGGGCUGAUUUCUAGGAAACCACACCGGGACUGGUGAUCCUCACCAGGGCGCAGAGCCGAUUUAAAAACCGAGUUCUUACGGAUCCACCACCAAUACCAGAACACUGACCCGGAUAUUUCUCUUGGUUGCGGAUGUUUCCUCGAUGAUCGUCGGCACGCAAGUGACUCAUCUGGGGUCUUGCCUCUGCUUAUAUAGGGCCCGUUGAGUGUGCCCAAAGCGGUCGAUGUCGAGAAUCCCGAUAUCGAUAACUCGUUAUCGGGUCACGAAUAUAGCAAUGGUAGUCGACUAUCGAUAUAUUAGUGUGGCCAGUUUAUCGUUUUGGGCGCGCGUUUUGAAUGUGCGCGAUUUUGGCGCGUGUUUUGAAUGUGGUGUGGCGUAGGGAGAAUAAAAGAUAAUUGGAAUGUUCUUUUAUUAUUAGUGGCGCUGGGUCGUCAAAACACAUAUAUACACAGAAUCCAUACACCGUGCAAAGACCCAUUUUUUCACAUUGGUCUUUAAACUAAAACACUUUGCAGCAUCCAAAAUCCAGUUGUACCAGCAUUCUUUUAAACUAAAACACACAAAACAAUAACAAACCCGGCUUACGAACACUGCUGCAGAACCACCUGCCAAGUACUAGUCGGACCGGCGAAUCUAAGGGUGGCGGCAACCGCUUUUUUUGUUUCCUUUUUUCCGCGGCAUCCCGAAUAAAAAACACAAGUCAAUAAUUAUCUAGCUGAUAUUUCAGUAGGUUUUUUAAUUAUUGGAUGGUUGUUUUUCUCUUAUUUACAUUGCAUAUUGGUGUGUGAGCCGUCACACAGGAUGUUCCGGGCAUUCCGUACUGCAACUCAUCGCAUAAUAGGCCGUUCACACUGUAUUGCAUUUGGGACGUAGGAAUAAAUUCGAUUAACUUUCCAAAAUUAUAAAUAAAAAAUAAAUAAAUAAUACUAAAUUUCAUCCAAAAAUAAAGUAAAUCCUCCAACAUCGAUCCGAUUCCACGCGUUCCGCAUCCAUUCCUUCUGGUGCAGUCAUAUAUUCUCCAAGACAUACAUCCAUUUCACAUUCCAUCCAUGUUAUAUAUCGUACCCACUUAUAUAUUUGUGUUAUAUUGAUCCGUGGUAUGGUUCUCAGACCAGCUUCCAAAUCAUUAAGUCGAGACGCAUUAAACAGCGACAGCUUCCACGUCCCUAUUCUUGUCCCGUCAGUGUAAGUUCAGGCUCCUACUCGAGCCUACUAUGCCGAUUGGUGAAGGUGAGGAACCUAAAGUUCAGUUAACCGUCCCAUCAGUCAGAACACCCAGCCGGGCCAGAGCCAAAAGCGAGUCGUCACUGCCCACCAAAAAGGCAGGACCUAGUAAAAGCUUAACUCCAUCCAUAAGGAUCAGCCUUACUUCCAGGACAACAAGCGAAAAGUCCUUAACCCCUUUAAAACCCGUGAGAACAACUGCGUCCCAGUCAGUUUUGUCCCUGCAAGUGACGAGAUCAAUUGCGAAAAUUGCUGACGCUGAAGCUAAAGCUGACUUAACAAAGUUUGUGGCUGUGACCGAUAGGGUCAGUCAGUUCGAAGCCAGGCUCAAUACCCCAACAGACCCACCUCCGUCUAUUCACACUAAUAAGGUCAGACUUCAGCAGACAAGGUAGGAGAAAGAGUACGAGACGUGCUCUGAGGUUCUUUCCUUAGUAAAUAGUACUACCACGAUGGAAGUCAGGCAAGCCAAGUAUGACUACUGUUACUGAAGGAUGCGCUGCAAUACUAAACGAAACGAUUGAAAGAGCUAGCGUUCAACCGAUUCAUGAACCGCCCACAUCGGUGCCUCUGCCUAGUGGAUGCCGCGUUCCUCCAAUAGACUGUGAAAUUUUCUGUGGCGACUAUGUUCAUUGGCCGACGUUUUGAGACCUUUUUUCCGCCUUCUAUGUCAAAAAUCCAAGGCUUUCAGGCGUUGAAAAGUUGUUCCACCUUAACUCGAAAACGAGUGGAGAAGCAAAGUCUAUUGUGGCAUAAUCACCAUUGACUAACGAAGGGUUUGCGCCCGCUUGGGGAAAUCUGCAGACUCGCUUCGAAAACAAGCGACUGCUCGUCAACAGCCAGCUAAAGAUCCUGUUUAAUCUCCCCACUGUUUCCCAAGAGUGUGGCAAUUCCCUUAAGCACCUGGAGAGCACUGUCCAAGGUUGUUUGACAGCCCUGAAAAUAGCAAAAGUAGACAUAACAAAUUGGGACUGUCUUCUCGUCUUCCUGUGCUCCUCAAAGCUGCCGAAGCUGACGUUGGCUCUGUGGGAACAGUCCAUCCGAGAUUCCAGGGUGGGAAGAAUAUAAAACCUUCUUACAAGGUCAUCAUCGAACUCUGGAGGCAAUUGAAGAAUUUAAACCUACUUUGACCACUCAAUCCAGAGCCCCACGUCCUAAAGGUGGGCCGCGGAUUAUCCAUAACUUUGAAAAUAGGGUCACCGUAAAUCCACAGUCGUGUAAACUUUGUCCAAGGGAGAACCAUCCGAUGCGUCUGUGUCCCCAGUUUCUAAAUAUGUCGGUUGCCGACAGGGAACAGUGUAUUAAACAACAGAAACUCUGUCUGAACUGUUUUGCAAGAACCCACAUGUUGAGAGACUGCACCAGAACGCACAAUUACUCUCCUCCAUCGUGGCGGCCCUCCACAACUCCAGUCAGCAUCCGCACCUGACCUCCAGCCAGAAAUACAGUCCACUCCGUCGAACGUCCAAACGUACCUCGCCGUGAACACGCAAGGGGUCCUCCUGAGUACGGCGCUCAUAGAGAUCUGCCACUUGACUUAAUUGACUCUGGAUCCGAGGCGACCUUUAUUUCAGAACGGUUAUUCAACCUAAUUAAGUUCCCCUAUGAAUCCAUACAAGCUCAAGUUUCGGGAGUAAAUUAAACUGUUGCAACCACGAAAGCGCUGCAAAUUCCGUAUAGGCUCCCCCUUUAAGCCACAAAUCCAAAUCGAAGCGUCUGCAUAUGUGCUACCACAUUUAGCCGGAAAUCUUCCAUCCUAUACGAUACCCGGAGGGACCUCCCUCCCAUCCAAUUAGCAGACCCGAAUUGCUACCACAGCUCGCAAAUUGACGUGCUCAUAGGCGCCGAUAUCCUUCCGUCGAUCAUUUUAGGCGGCUUCCAUUCAAAUGUUUGCGGAACACUCCUUGGCUAAGAGACCAUAUUCGAAUGGAUUCUUUGCGGCCCAAUCGCGAAAAAUCCCACUAACAGAAUAUCUUCCUUCUCAGCACGGUUGUCUGUCACCGAAUCUCAACUAGACGGCAUCCUCACCAAGUUUUGGGAAGUGGAGGAUGUUCCAGUGAAGCCGGGUAAGGAAUCCAGCUCGGUGUGUGAAAAUAUUUUUCCAGCAAACCACCACAAGGGGUAAAGAAGGAAGGUAUGUUGUUUCUUUGCCCUUUAAAGAACAUAACAAUAUAAGCCUGGGGCAUUCACGGUCCAUCGCACUGGCGCAAUUCCUUAGGAAUGAAGUACGGCUGAGUAAAAACGCUCCUUUGAGAGAGCAGUAUGACUCAGUUAUUCAGGAAUUUUUACUUGCCGCACCACGCGGUUUUCAAGCCAGAAAGUACCACCACAAAAGGUUCGCGUGGUGUUUAACGCCUCCAAUAAAUCGUCAAACGGGUACAGCCUUAAUGAUAUCCUUCAUACAGGUCCGGUACUGCAACCUGAUUUGACCACCCAGAUCCUCAAAUGGCGUUUCUUUAAAUACGUAUUCAAUGCUGACAUCACUAAGAUGUAUCGGCAGAUUCUCGUCCAUUCCGAUCAUACACGUUUCCAAAGAAUCCUGUUUCGCGAUAAAGAGGGAAAACUCUGUGAUUAUGAGCUCAACACUGUCACUUUCGGGGUUAACUGUGCCCCUUUUUUGGCCAUAAGCGUGCUUCAACAACUGGCUCACGAUGUACGUGACCAAUAUCCUUUGGCAGUUUAGCCGGCACCCACACCUAGCAGUCCGCUGUUUCAGCCAUCAAAAAGCUCGGCGGUGCUAUAGAGAGUGCGGGCUUUCCAUUGCGCAAGUGGACAUCAAACGAGUAGAAACUUUUACAGAACAUUCCAAAGGAACACUUGAUUAGGGUGGACUUUUUGGAGUUGGAAGACGCCAGUAUGGCAAAAACUCUGGGAAUCCGUUGGCACGCGACUUCGGAUAGUUUCCUCUUUCUGCCGAUGGAUAUUUCUCUCCAAACAACCUGCACCAAACGAGAGGUUUUAUCCCAGAUAGCCAAACUGUUUGACCCAGCAGGAUGGUUAUCGCCAUUUAUUGUUCGGGCAAAAAUUUCCAUGGAAGAAAUUUGGCUGCGGGAGUUAAGCUGGGACCAGCCUCUUCCGACUGAUCUUGUCACAAAGUGGCGUAAUUUUCCUGAGGGGUAUCCAACUUUGAAAGAAGUUCGCAUCCCAAGAAGGGUAAGAUUUCAUCCAGCAGCAAAACUGCAGUACCACGCGUUUUUCGAUGCAUCGCAGAGCGCCUAUGGUGAUGCUAUCUUUGUUCGCGUCGAAACGACUGAUGGCUGCUUCACCCACUUGCUUUUGUCCAAAACCCGAGUUGCUCCAGUAAAGUGCCUUUCCAUACCGCGAUUAGAGCUUCUCUCCGAACUCGCCGCAGCAGUUCUCUCCGAAAUGCCUCCUACUCAGUAUGAUAAAUAUUAUUGGACAGACUCCACGAUAGUGCUUGCAUGGCUAAGCAAGCCAGCAUGCACUUGGACUACAUACGUUGCCAACAGAGUCGCGAAAGUUGAUCAGCUCACAAAGAGCAGUGGUUCCAUGUGAAAUCGGAAGAUAACCCAGCUGAUCUGGCAAGCAGGGGCGUCUCAGUCCAUGAGCUCAAGGACAGCAACCUCUGGUGGCAUGGGCCUGAGUUGCUGCGUCACAACCAGGAGCAGUGGCCACUCGAUUCGUCGGUCCCGAUCGAAACCGAACUCGAACAUCGCCCAAUAAGGUGUAACGUCGCCACAGCGCCCCGAAAAAUGACAUUCGGGAGCGUUUUUCAGCUUUUUCGGCUUUACGCGUUCUGAAUGUGUGGCAAGCAAUACGUUAACAGAAAGGCAGAACUCACUGCCGCAGAGUUGUCUGACGUCCAAGAGAGGGUGAUUGUGCUCACCCAACUCAAUGAGUAUCCAAUAGAAUGCAAGGCCUUAGGCAAAAAGGAACAUAUUCCAGUCUCCAGCACGAUCUCCAAUAUAAACACCUUUGUCGACAGCCAGGUGUCUUAGAGCCAGCGGUCGUCUACGAGCAUCUGAGAUGCUAAGCUAUGAUGAGAAACAUCCAAUCAUCAUUCCGGCAAGGUGCACUUUUGCGAAACUUUUGGCUCUCUUUACCCAUCCCAUAUCCUUGCACGGGGGUCCGACUGAUUCGCUCCAAGUAUUGGACACCUAAGCUGAGAAGUCUUGUAAAAGAUCACAGACAGAAGCUGCAAACUCAGCUGAUGGGAGACUUGCCCUGCGCAAGAUCUACAUUUUCCAGGGCUUUUACCCACACGGGCGUUGACUUUGCGGGACCAUUUGAUAUAAAAAACUAUGUCGGUCGGGGGUGUAAGAUAACUAGUACCCGAGCCAUCCAUCUAGAAGCUACAUCAGACUUGACUACUGAGAAGUUUCUGGCAGCCUUCUCGCGUUUCUCCGCACGACGUGGCUGUCCGCACCACAUAAAUUCUGACAACGGAAAAACGUUUGUUGGAGCCUCCACGUCCUUAUCCAAGGACUUCAUUGAAGCUACGAGGUCUUUGAUCCUGUCCAAUUACAGUCUUCAAAAUGUGACCUGGCACUUCAACCCUCCGCCUCAAAUGGGAGGGCUAUGGGAGGCCGGUGUCAAAAGCUUUAAGAAACACUUCUACAAGCAAACAGCUGGCGGAAAUUGAGGCCUGUUUAAACUCGAGGCCUAGUUCUCCAAUGUCCGAAGACCCCACUGACCUCGUAGAUCUUAGCCCCGGACACUUCCUAGUCGGUGGGCCACUCCUUUUGGUGACUGAGCCUGAGAUUAAAAAAAACCCGAUUUCCAUUUUAAACCGAUGGCAGCGGCUAAAGGCCCUGCAUCAGCAAUUUUGCUUACAUGGUGGUGCUAAAAGAGGAGAAUUUACCACCAAAUGAAUGGCGGCUUGGGCGGAUCCAACUGGUGUGCCCAGGCGCGGAUGGCAAGACCCGAGUGGCACAUGUUCUUACCGCACGUGGCAUUAUCCGACGACCAAUUGCAAAGAUGAUCCUCCAUCCGAUGGAGGCCUCCAGCUCCGAGUGAUUCUGCCUUUUCCCUUUUUUUCUUGAGUUAGCGACUAACAGCCAAUCCUACUAGUCCUAAACUCAUGUCAUCCUGUGUCGUCAGUCCUCAUACAUGUCCCGAUCAUUCGCAUCAUCCAUAACCCCUAACCUUUGUUUACUCGCUUCCACAGAUUGUUCACGAUGGCGCCAACUACAAUCCAGCACGCUCGGCCACGCGCAACCAACGGGUACAGGUGCCGAGUUUGCCGAGGGGUGCACGCGCUGAGGAAAUGCCAACUGUUCCUCCGGCUCCCGGCGGUGAAGCGGCUCCGCGCGGUCCUUAUCAAUCACUACUGUGCGAACUGCCUUGCUCACGAGUAUUCGGGUCAAUCCUGCCGCAGUAAUGCCAAGUGCCACGUCUGCAGUGGAAAUCACCACACCCUCCUGCACUUCCAAGAAUCCACAUCGCCACGCCCGUCACGACCCCAAGACCGACGGCAGCAGACGAGAUCGUCGUCGACGACGUCGUUGCGCUCAUCGUCACCGAAUGAGAUCUCCCCGACCCGAAGCCCUGCUACGGGCCCAUCGUGCGCCGCUAUCCUGCAGCGCACGAGUGUGAUAAUCUUGCCAACUGCAUCCAUUUUGGUGGGGUCUGAGGAGAAACGGUUUGACGUCCGAGCUUUGGUGGAUCCUUGCUGCCCCGUGAGUCGCAUUCACGUAUCCUUGACAAAGGCCCUUAACCUUUCCGUCACCCGCGUAGGCGAUGAGCGGGUGUGCACCACCGAAAUCCGCUCAAAGUCGUCGAAAAUGAUGAAAUGAGCUGCUAAUGCUGGUUGAUGGCCAGAUGCGGACCCGAACUUCGGCCAAGCCCCUGGAUCCGAAGGUCCGGGAUGCCUUCCCAGACAUCACUUUGGCUGAUGAUAGAUGGUUCCACCCUUCCUUAGUGUCGGCUGUUUUGGGAGCUGACGUAUACGCGGAAUUAAUUCUGCCGGGUAUCCGCCCGAGUCAAAACGGACUGACAAUGGCGCAAAGCUCAGCCUUGUGGUAGCUCCUUUCCAGGCACUUGUUCCCAUUCUUAAUAUGCCACUCUCCCCAUUGCGAGGGGGAGAAUAAAGAAUAAAAAAAAAAACUCGCCAUUGUUUCUGGUGGCAAAGUGGAAGGCUAGUAAUAUAGCCGAACUUUGUAGAGGGGUAAUUCCCACACAAUUUUUGCGAGUAUUAAUGGCCUUAAUUAAAGGAUUAAUAUGUACAUAUGAGUAUUUUAAGCUUAGAAAUUGAAUUAUAAUAACACUAAGAUUCUAACUGCUUUCUUAAUCUUAAGGAGUGUUCUUUAAAUGUGAGCCUGGAGUCGAAGGUAAUUCUUAGGAUUUUUAACAGAGCUCGCAAAUAACUGUCAACCGUUACUCGUUGUCUUCAAAUAAGUGUCUUCUCCUGACUCUUUACGAAAAGACUCAGAGAGCAACCGAUUUAUGGGUUCUUGAAUGAGCUCGCUCGCGCUCAGAGCGAAACCGUUUAUUUCUAUACUGUUUUGUUCUGGUUGUUCAAAGACCGUUUUGUCGUGUUGAGUGAAGCAAAAGGUCUUUUGCGUAUGUAUUGGUUUCACACGCAUAGGCAAGCAAAUCGUUAUUUUUCUGCAGACGAAAUAUAUCAAUUGUGAACGGGAAUCGAGUGUGUCAAGUUGUGAAAUAAUUGUCGUGUAAAAUGGGAAGAGAAAUUAAUAAAAAUGUGCAUCAAUUCUUCAAAUUUAAUUUGGAAGAGAAGAAGUCAAUUUGUAGUGUUUGCGGUAUUAAAUUGUCCGGCAAUCAUUCAACAAACUUAAAACGGCAUUUGACAACGAAACAUAUGGACAUUUUCAAUGAGUGGAACAAUUCUGGAAAUUCAAAACUAACCGAAGAAAAACGAAGAAUAUCGUAUCAAACGAGCGAAGAAGCAAUUGUUUCUUCUUUAAUUAAAAUAGUAACUACGGACGGAAAACCAUUUAUAUUUCUAGACAGUGAAGGGUUCAAAGAAAUUAUGGAUCCAAUAUAUAAUGCACUUGGCAUGAACCCUGUAACGUCUAGAAAUAUUAUGAACUUUGUGUCAGUCAAAGAGCAGCUUAUCAAACAAAACAUAAGGGCUCUUGUUAAGGGAAAGCUGGUGUCGCUGAAAAUCGAUGUUGCCACCAGAAUGGAUAAAGCCAUUCUAGGAGUAAAUUUGCAAAUGGUCCACGCAAGCCUGGCUAAAACCGAGGUUAUUGUAAAGACAUUAGGCAUGAUUGAGCUCGGGGAAUCUCACACGGGAAUAUACAUGAAGAACAAAAUUCUUGAAAUCUUAGAUGAUUAUGGAAUAUCACUAGAUCAAAUCUACAGCAUUACGUCGGACAAUGGGCGAAAUAUGAUAAAAGCCGUCCAAGUUUUAAAUGAUGCCACAGAGGAGUCCCUUUUUGAAGAUGACACAGAAAGUGAGAAUCUUCUGAAUGAACUGGAUGGCAUUGAACUUGCUAAUAUACACCUUGUGAGAUGUGCAGCACACACUCUGCAACUGUGCGUAUUCGAUGUGAACAAGAUGAAGGAGAUCGCCGACAAAAUAAGUUCCUGUCGCACAUUAUGCAAAUCGCUUCGCACAGAAACAUAUAGGUAAGUAAUGAUAAGUUAUAUAUAUA